GUUCCCCAGCCCACUGCCUCAGUUCUUACCCAGUCCAGCAAACCGUGAGAACUGGGGACAGCGGAGAAACCACCGCAGCUCAUUUCCAUAUAACCAACUCCUUGUUUUCUUGGAGAGAUAGACCCCCCCCCCCCCAAUUUUUUUUUUUUUUUAACCAACAAAAGUAAUCGCCAGUUCAAGUCAUGCAGUUGUCCCCUAAGGAACCACAGAGAAAGAACAUGUGGGAUCUGGCCAUAGAGGUCGGCAUGAGAGUUUUCCUCUUUGGAGUUUUUGUAAGCCAAUCCUGUCUGGUGACCGGAUUCUGUUGCUCUCUGACUAAAGCCCGUAUUACUUGUUUUACAGAAUUUCUGGAUCCUUUCCAGCGCGUCAUUCAACCAGAAGAAAUUUGGCUGUACAAAAACCCCAUUGUGCAGUCGGACCACAUACCUACUCGCAUUAUGUUUGCGAUUUCAUUCCUCACACCCCUAGCAGUGAUCUUUGUUGUCAAAAUAAUUCGAAGGACAGACAAAACAGAGAUUAAAGAGGCCUGUUUAGCUGUUUCUCUGGCCCUUGCUCUGAAUGGAAUCUUUACCAAUACGAUUAAGUUAAUAGUGGGAAGACCACGUCCCGAUUUCUUUAACCGCUGCUUUCCGGAUGGUGUGAUGAACCCUGAGAUGCACUGCACAGGUGAUCCGGAUAUAGUGUCAGAGGGCAGAAAGAGUUUUCCGAGCAGUCAUUCCUCCUUUGCUUUUUCAGGUCUGGGGUUUACCACCUUCUACUUAGCUGGAAAAUUGCACUGCUUCACGGAUAUUGGUCAAGGAAAAAGUUGGAGACUGUGUGCAGCUAUCCUCCCUUUGUACUGUGCUGUGAUGAUUGCCUUGUCGAGGACUUGUGAUUACAAACAUCACUGGCAAGAUGCGUUGGUUGGUGCUUUAAUUGGCACUAUUUUUGCCUACCUAGCCUACAGACAACACUAUCCAUCACUGAAUCAUACCGAAUGUCACAAGCCACAUGUCUGCCUCAUGGUUCAGGUAUCAGCUCAACAGGAAGAAGUCUCCACUCCAGACAAAGCUGCCAACCUGGCUUUAGAGGGUUUAACUGAAGGCCCUGUAUGACUGCUACAUUUCUAACAUGGACAAUUAUCCCUUCUAACAUUCCACAUGGAGCAAAGCAAAAUCUAUUGCAAGAAACAAAUGUAAAAAUCCAUUCUAUAAUCUCUGUCAUGUAUUUUUGUCCUUCGUGUGUCCAUUUGAAAAUAAACUUUGAAAGUAAAAUAGGUUGCUACAAAACUGACAUGCAUGUAUGUCAUCUGAGAUAAGAAAUCCAUUUUCAAAAGGUUAUCAGAUAUUAAACAAUGGCAAAGUGCACUAAAUGCAUAGCAAAUCAGAAAAAUGGUUUUGAAUGAAAAGUAAUUACGGUGCGAGAUUGAUGGAGCAGAAUGCUUUUUACACAAUAUUGAAAAGAAAAUGCUUUAAUUAAAUCUAAUUACAAUAUGGACUGUAUGAAGAGAUUGUGUAUAAAGAGUUGAUUAAAAUGUAAUUAAAAUCUUUGAUGGAUACAGUGAAAUUAAUACUGUGAAAUUAUUAUAGAAAGUUGCGUUGGGAAUAUGAUUGCAAAUGACAGGAA